UCGGCCCAUCUUGCUCGUUUGGUUGUUAGUAGCUUAUUGAUCCCAGAAUCUCAUCAAGCAGCUUCUUGAAGGAUCCCAGGGUGUCAGCUUCAACAACAUUACUGGGGAGUUGGUUCCAGACCCUCACAAUUCUCUGUGUAAAAAAGUGCCUCCUAUUUUCUGUUCUGAAUAUAUAUAUAUUCUCUGUACAGCUUGUCUUGUAUCACUGACCUUACCGAGUACAGGAAGAAAAACUACUUUCUCUGCCGUGUGACUGAAGCGACCCUCCACUUGAACCCGUGUUGAACAAGACGCCUCUGCACUGACUCCAGUCAAAGAUGUUGAAGAUCCUCUUCUUGGUGUCCUUGGUGCUGCAGGCUGCUUCCCACAUCCAGUCUGUAAAGAGUUCCUCUUCGGGUGGUUCUGAUGCUGGUGUCCAGAAGCCCUGUGCCCGCCUCUUCCACCCGGAGACUGGGGAGCAGCUGGAGCUGCCGUCCCUCCCAGAGAAGAAGAAGAAGCUGCUGAGGGGAGCUGCUGCUGGGAGUGAAGGAGCCUUCAGCUCCAGCUCCUUCACUGUGAUGGACGGGUGUCUGCUCUCUCUGUGGGUUGCAGGUUCCCAAGAAUGGGGCCUGGAGUCUCGCUCCUUCCCGAGUGGGGCUUACCUCAACCAGCUGCCUGGUGCUGGGGUCUCCCUGACCAGCUACCAGUGCACCUGCGACCAGGAGAACAAAGUCAUGGCCAGCUUCAGGGACUUCAAAAAGAGGCACAUUGCAGAUAAAAAUGAAAAUGGUCGCGGUAACUUCUGCACACAGAAAAUACAUCGUAGACGUAUAGAAUAUGGAAGAUGCAAAUACUUAAACACUUUUGUAUUCGCUGACGAUAACGAUAUAAUCAAUGUGUGUGGAAAUCAAGGUGUCCGGAUUUCCAGUAAUAUGUAUAAAAGCAGGAAUCGGUUCAGAAUUGUGUAUUGUAAAAAUAAGAAUCGAAAACGUAGACCCCCAAACUGUAUCUACAGAGCUGAAAAUGCAAACAGGAGGCUGUAUAUCAUUGUAGGCUGUGAUAACAACAGGCUGCCUGUACAUUUUCAGAGAUCAAGCAACCGCCCUCCUGUAUUUGGAAUCACUGGAAGAGUUUAAACUCUACUGUGAAGAACCAGCUCUCUCCGCACUGCUUAUCGCUUUAGGAAACCAAGACAAGUAGCCUGCUGUUAAAUUCCUCUUGUGUGGCAGGAAACUAAUGGGAAGAGAAAUGCAAGAUUAAAGUGGAACUCUAGUUGUUUUGUAUGUGUGCCUGUUAGUUUUCACUUUUAAAUUGCAGUCUACAGUGCUUUGUUUCCAAGAUAGCUUUCUGAUAGGAUGUGAAGUCAUCUUGGAAACAGAGCACAAUGCAAUUUAACAGUGUAAAAAAGUGGUCAGGAUGUACAAAAAAA